CACGUCUGACGUCAGCCUGACGUCAGCGGCGCGGGCUUUGGAGCUGUGGCCGCCAGGUGUUUGGUGGGAGCGGGCAGCGUUGGCCACCCUAGGGGUGCGAGAUUGGGAGCCCAGCAGCGGUUGUGGCAGCGGCAGGGGCAGCGACGUCGGCUCGCUGCAGGUAGGGCUGAUGCCCGGUUCCUUGGCUCUGUUCCUUCCGGGACUGGGCAGGCCGUGCGGCCGGCGGGAGUCCCGCCCCGAUGUCUGUCCCGCCCCUCGCCUCCUUUUCCCUCCCCUUCUCUCCCUCGGGCGUCGGCUCCGUUCCGGGGCGGUGACCGGGCCAGCGGCUGCACGUCAAGGUUCUCCUCACCCCUCCCCUCUCCCUGACUAGGCUUCUUGGGCCCAGUGCUUUCGUGAACCUGGGCUAGCUGCUCCUGCACUGACCGUUUUAUGCUUGUCUAGCACGUCGUUCCCCCAGGUGAUUUCAAAGUACCUUGUUGACGCGGUCGGGCGCAAAUUCUCUUGGUUUAGUGGGCCCGACCGCCUUCACUUUCCAGGAGCUCUCUGGGUAAGUGCCUCUUCGGGAGUCACGUUUCUAGUGGACUAGAGAGUCGUUUCAGCUCCUUGGUGUCAUAUUUCGGCGUCUUACUCACUGACCACUGUCCUCUCACCUUCUGCUCUGGUCUCACCGUGGCGGCCAUAGAGCUUUCCUCUUUUCUCAGGGCCUAAGUGCAUUGUGUGUGUCAGGAAGAUGAACUCAGUCCUGCAUGGAUUUUUUUUUUUUUUUUUUUUAACCCAAAGACAUGUGGAAGGCAUCGGCGAAUAUUCAUCAUCCACUGUAGUUGCUCUCCUUUUGGAUUUUUGUUCAGGAAGUUGGAAAAACAAUAAAAGAAAAGGUCACACUUAACAAUUCAGUCAUUUCUUUAACCCUACUUCAACACGACUCAACACUGUUAAAAGACAAUUGAAAAUCUAGUUGGCUAGAUUUCAAAAUUCAACUGAAAAUCUAGUUGGCUUUAUUAAACAAUUUAUAAAUCAGGCAGCAUCCUAUCUAGUAAAUAGAAAGGCAAUCCGAGAAGCAGUACGAAAUAGGAGAUUUUUAAUAGACAGAAGAAAGUGGAUUGUAUCGCGGUAGGUCAUAUUCCCUUUUAGAAAGGCAAGGGGUCUUAUCAGGCCGAUUACCCCAAUAGUGUUGUUCAGGAAAUUAGAGACUGAUUGUUUAAGUUUCUACUCCUGGUAGAGGCUGAAAAUGCAAUUAGGUUUAAGUGUUAAAUCUUGGUGGGGCUUAAUUUUGGGCCUCUUUUUAACACCAUUACUCAGCACGAAAUUAUCACUUAACACCCUUGGCUUGAGUGCCUACCACGAGGUUGGGAGUCCUGAGCCCUGGUCCAAACAACUUUCGAAUUACCUUAAAUUUUUACAAUGUGUAAGCCACCUAAGGUUUACAGUUAUAUUUGCUUGAGAUUUGUAAUUGAGGCUUGCAAACAUUGCUUUAAGUAGUUUAACUUGCCUGAGGUCACACAACUAGUAGGAUUUGAACCUUGGUUUUUACCUGUCUUCAGAAAGAGGAUGUAAAGAUGGUAAGGAAUUCCCUCUCUAAAAUGUGACUUCGGAUCUCUGUUCAAUUCAAAAGCACCUUCACUGAGAAUAUUUUUUUUCUGGGCAAAGCCCUCAAGUGAGAAAGGCAUUUUUUUUUUUAGUCUAUCAUCACGUGUAAACAUAUCCCGAACUUGAAUUCUUUCUGGAAGAGCCAGUAGGUAAGAUGCUAAAUAUCAACAUUAUUCUAGAUUAUAAUGCCAUGAUAUUUGGCUCUUCUGCCACAUUGAGAUUUUAAUAUUUUUAUCUCUUUCAUGGAGACAUAUGUAGAAUAGUGGUGAGCAAUUUCGCCAGAAAAUUGAACUAUUAUCAAGACCUUUGGAGUUGGAUGACUUCUGUCCCAGAUUCCCAGCUGUGUUUGUACAGAUAAGAUUUGAUUGUAGUUGCACACAGGAACAAGAAGAGGUUGCCUCUUAACCCUCAAUUGGAUGCUUGAAAACUGAAGGUCUUGCUUGCUGUCUGGGACAAGUAGCCAUGGCCAGCGUUAUUAGAGUUUGACUAGUACCUAAUUUCAUCAAGCUUUUCGGUCUUUUGAAACAGGAAUUCCAAGACGCUAAAACUUGUUUUGAUAGUGGUUUGAAUUGGGGUUUUCCACAGCUGACGGCACUGGAAGAAUCAUCCAUAGGAAAUUACCUUAACAGAUGCUAGAUCUUGGCCUUACAGUUCUCAAAUGUGGUCAGGUGCUUUUGGCUUCUAUUUGAGCUGGCUUCCUCAUUUUGGUCGUGUAAUUGCUCUCUCCGCAGAGUCAGUGAAUGGAGAAUUCUCCCUAAGGUCAGCGUUUAAUUGAUUGCCUCGCUCGGGCUGCUAUAGUAUUCCAGGCAUCGAUCCUACUAUUAAAAUUUCCUGGAGAUUGCCAGGAUGUCGAAUAUCAGCCUUCACAAGCUGCCUCGAGUCACGGAAUUGAGUGGGAGGUGCCUUGCUCAGUUUACUAUCUCCGUGGGCGGUGGCCCGAGGCGCGGGACUCAUCGAACGACUGGAUUGGGCCUUUCUCCUGUCUAUCAUAGGCAGGCUCUCCGCCCUCGACUGUUUUGCCAGCAAGAUUUGGAAGCUGAGUACCGCCACUGGAAACCUGGAGAGUGAUGGGCGGUGAGGGCAAACGUUGUGUGUGUUUCUCUUCUCAUUGGAUGGCUGCUCUGUCAGUCGUACUGUGCUGUACUCCCAUUGGCGGGAAUGCUCCAGGUAGGUAGCGUGGACACGAUGCUGCCCCCUCCCAAGCUGCGAUCAAAGCGCGUGACGUCUCAGACAUUUGUUGUUGGGGUUUGGGCCUCAUUAAUUAUUCAUUAGAUACUUGAAAGCGCUGCAGCGAUUGGUGGCUGAGUGGCCCGGUCGAUUGUUUCUUAGCUAGAGAUACGUCUCAUCCUCUACUGGCUGAAGAAGUUUCGCAUAAAUUAUUCUGAUAAGGUUAGGGGCGGGGUCUCGCAUGUAUUAGGCAAAUGAGCUGCGAUGGGAGGGGAGGCCGACUACGAAUUAGCCUAAGUUAUUAAAGAUGGCGGCGGAGCGGAGUCGCUCCCCGAUGGACUCGCCGGUCCCGGCCUCUAUGUUCGCCCCCGAGCCUAGCUCUCCAGGGGCGGCCAAGGCCGCGGCGGCGGCUGCCCGGCUCCACGGCGGCUUCGACUCGGACUGCAGCGAGGACGGCGAGGCGCUCAACGGCGAACCGGAGCUAGACCUCACUAGCAAGCUGGUUCUAGUGAGCCCUACAUCAGAGCAGUAUGACAGCCUGCUUCGGCAAAUGUGGGAGAGGAUGGACGAGGGAUGCGGAGAGACCAUAUAUGUCAUUGGGCAGGGAUCAGACGGGACCGAGUACGGGCUGAGCGAAGCUGACAUGGAAGCCUCCUACGCCACAGUGAAGAGCAUGGCGGAGCAGAUAGAGGCUGAUGUCAUCCUCCUGCGGGAACGGCAAGAAGCUGGGGGCCGCGUGCGUGAUUACCUGGUCCGGAAACGAGUAGGAGACAAUGACUUCCUGGAAGUCAGGGUAGCAGUAGUGGGCAACGUGGAUGCCGGCAAAAGCACACUUCUGGGGGUCCUGACGCAUGGGGAGCUGGACAAUGGCCGAGGCUUUGCCCGCCAGAAACUCUUCCGCCACAAACAUGAAAUCGAAUCUGGUCGCACCAGCAGUGUGGGCAACGACAUUCUAGGCUUUGACAGUGAAGGCAACGUGGUGAACAAGCCAGACAGCCAUGGUGGCAGCCUGGAGUGGACAAAGAUCUGUGAGAAGUCCACGAAGGUGAUUACCUUCAUCGACUUGGCUGGCCACGAGAAGUACCUGAAGACCACCGUCUUUGGCAUGACGGGCCACUUGCCUGACUUCUGCAUGCUCAUGGUGGGCAGCAAUGCUGGCAUCGUUGGGAUGACCAAGGAGCACCUGGGCUUGGCAUUGGCACUCAACGUGCCUGUCUUUGUGGUGGUCACCAAGAUUGACAUGUGCCCUGCUAACAUCCUGCAAGAAACCCUGAAGCUGUUACAGCGCUUGCUGAAGUCACCAGGCUGCCGGAAGAUCCCUGUGUUGGUGCAGAGCAAGGAUGAUGUGAUUGUUACAGCUUCUAACUUCAGCUCUGAGAGGAUGUGCCCGAUAUUCCAGAUCUCCAACGUUACAGGCGAGAACUUAGACCUGCUGAAGAUGUUCCUCAACCUCCUCUCCCCUCGCACCAGCUACCGGGAGGAAGAGCCGGCUGAGUUUCAGAUUGAUGACACCUACUCUGUCCCAGGUGUGGGAACAGUGGUGUCAGGGACAACACUGAGGGGCCUGAUCAAGCUGAAUGACACACUGCUGCUGGGCCCGGAUCCCUUGGGUAACUUCCUGUCCAUUGCUGUCAAAUCGAUCCAUCGCAAGCGCAUGCCGGUCAAGGAGGUGCGGGGGGGCCAGACGGCCUCGUUCGCACUGAAGAAGAUCAAGCGCUCAUCCAUCCGCAAGGGCAUGGUGAUGGUUUCUCCACGCUUGAAUCCCCAAGCAUCCUGGGAGUUUGAGGCCGAGAUCCUCGUCCUCCACCACCCCACCACCAUUAGCCCACGUUACCAGGCCAUGGUGCACUGUGGGAGCAUCAGGCAGACGGCCACCAUCCUGAGCAUGGAUAAAGACUGUCUGCGCACCGGGGACAAGGCCACCGUGCACUUCCGCUUCAUCAAGACCCCCGAGUACCUGCACAUAGACCAGCGGCUGGUGUUCCGGGAAGGCCGCACCAAGGCUGUGGGCACCAUCACUAAGCUCCUCCAGACCACCAACAACUCCCCAAUGAACUCCAAGCCCCAGCAGAUUAAAAUGCAGUCAACAAAAAAGGGUCCUCUGACCAAACGAGAAGAGGGGGGCUCCUCUGGAGGACCAGCAGUUGGGGCACCCCCACCUGGAGAUGAAGCUUGCUCUCUCGGGGCUCCACAGCCAGCUGCAUCCAGCAGUCUCCAGCCACAGCCCAAGCCCAGCAGUGGGGGCCGACGGCGCGGGGGCCAGCGUCACAAGGUGAAGUCCCAGGGGGCCUGCAUGACUCCCGCCAGUGGCUGCUGAGUCUCCCCCAGCCCACCUCCACCACCCAAGGGAUCCUCGUGCCCUGGCCGCCGCUCCGCAAGAUGGGCCAGAGCAACUCUGACCGCCACUCGCCCUCCCCCAGGCCGCAGCUGGAGCCUCGUCAUUCCCCCACCCCCGUUUUCCAGGGGGGCUGUAAUUUAUAAGCUGAGGAAGGUGGCCAGACUUCUGGAGGACUGACCAUCUCCCGUUCUCUUCCUCACCUUCUUCCUCCCUCACACCUUUUUUGUACAUCUGGGCCCUUAGUUUUUAUUCUUUUUAUUAUAUCUCUCUCUCUACCUAGUGUGUGUGUGGUUGUGUGUGGCAGUGUGUGAGGUGCAGGAGUGCGGCCCGUCAGGGCCCUGGUGGUCUUUCUUCUCUGUGGCUGGGCUCCAGCCCCUAGGAGCUGGCUGUCCAUCCAUCCAUCCGUCUGCGUGUCUCUGUGAGUACCUCUCGGGGCUGUCAGGAGCCCUAGAGCACGCCCCUUCCCUGUGCUCCCUCUCCUCUGCGCCGGAGCCCGGCGGGGGGCCCACUUCUGGGACCUGGGUGUUCAGCAGAGUGGAAAGCAGAGGGUCUCCUUUUCUUUCUCCCUCUUGUUCCCCUUAAGCCCCAAGCAGGAAAUGCCGAAAGCUCUUAAGCUGUUACCUGUAGGUGUGCGGAGGGUGUUGGCGAUUGGGUUGUAGGACCCUCCUAACUCUGGCCCUUGCCACUGACCCAAAGACAGCUGGUGGCUUCUUUUGCCUGGAGACAAUCCUUUGUUUGCCUGGCUGGCUGGGUCGACACCUGCUCUGCUGAUUCUGCCGAGUGGGCUCUCGCCCUCCUGCCCCAGGGCCGCCUCCUGCUUGGACUCUGACUCUGAUUCUUGUUGGGCCUCGGGACCCUGAUGACCGGGGCUGGGGUCCACCUGCUCAGGGUCAUGCUCACCAGCACCUCCUGUUGGGGGCGGGGGGCGGGUGUUCCUCUGAGCCAGGCCAGAACUAGAACCCCUCCUUCCCCGCUGCACCCCGUCAUAUUGCCCCAGCAUGGCUGCUACGGGCGCACAGCAGUGAAGGGCCUGAGCCCCAAAUUUGUAAGCCCCUAAUUGAGGCACAGGGAGGGCAGGUAGGAGGACUCUCCCAGGCCCAGCUCAGAGUAUUAAGCCCUGUGGAAAAAUCAUUGCCUGGGGUGAAGGUGGCAUUGCCCAGGCCAGAAGUGGCAACACGGGCCCCAAACCAGCCUAGUCUGAGCUGUGGACUAAGGCCCUCGUUUGGGCGGACUGCCGGGCAGAGAUGUGCUCUUUCUCUCGCCUGGGCAGACACCUAGCUGGCCGGGUCCUUCCUCAGCCUCACCUCCCUUCUGUCUCAAUCCUGCUUCUGGACUGCUGGUCUCCUCCUACCCUCUUCUAACUAUUUCUAGUUACCACUGACUUGUGGCCAUGGACCGACCAGACCAGCACACAAAAUAAAAGUUUGUUCCAAGUUGACGGUGUCGUGUUCCCUGCCCAGCCCUCCAGGUGGAGGUGCUGCCACGGGGAACCCCGUUGCUCUGCCUGCCCUCGAGCCCCCGCUGCAGGGUCGGGCCGAGAGGAGCCCGGCUUCUCCUGUCAGGCGGGCCUGGCUUCAAAACCCAAGUUCCUUCACCAGCAGUGACAAAGGACAAGUUGCCAAGCUCUGAACCUCAGUUUCCUCAUCCACAGCAAGAGGUACAUAAAUGCUUGUCUCUGUUGUCGUGAGGAUGCAGUGGGAGGGCGUGUGUGCCCGGCAUGUGGGAGGAACCUGGUGAAUGGGGGCCACACUGCUCCCCAGCCCCCUGGCUCCUAAGGCCAUGGCAGGGGCCGCAAGCUGGGGGACAGGCUCAAAAGGAGGAAUGUGGCAUCGACAUGUCUCUGCCAUGUGGCUGGGCUGUGCCAGGCAUUUCCCUCGUUUGAUGUUCUUUGAUGUUCACAGCUCCCAUCUGUGAGGGAGGUGGCAGUAGUUAUGUUUUUCUGGUUAAGGAGACUGAAGCUUAGAGGAGCAGUGCCACCAGCCCCCAGCCGUUCCCAGUCACCUGCUCCAGCAUGACCCCCAGCUUUUCCUGGUUCCUUUGUCGACUGGCUGUUUCCCUCUUGCUUUUUGACUGGUUCUGCUUACAGGGGCCGCUGCCCACUGGUGCCUUCGUAAUAGGAGUUCUGGCAGCACCCCCUGCUCUCUGUCCCCGUGGUGGGUGCUGUGGAAUGUGUGCUUCCACAGACCUGGGCCAUGCGGGACCUCGGAACAGGCAGAACCGCAUCUUGUUGGAACUCUCUUGCCCUCGUGAGCAUAACCACUUUACAUUCGGAGGCUGGGGCCUCCACUCUGGCCUCUGCCUUCAGACACUCAGGAGGUCGGUCUGGAUCUCUGUGGUCACCAGGCCCACACCUACUAGCCAGGGGGCAGACUACAGCAUUUUACUGUUAGCAGGGACUACAAAGGCCUCAUGUGGGUGCCUCAGCCCUACCAAGUCUUUGGAAUAAAACACCAGCCCUUUUGUAGUUGAUGAAGAAUAAAGUUGUUAAUCCAAUCAUCUCAAA